AGACUCUUCGGUUAAAAUCUCCUUCAUUCUCUCAGUUUUCUCAAAAACCUAGAUAUUUGAUCAUCAUCUCUGCUUCAACAACAAUCAAAUUCUCAUUCGCCUUAUUUUCCAUGGAUGAGCAAUUUAUACUGAGAGUUCCACCUUCUGUUGCUGAAAGAAUUGACCGCCUUUUAAGUGAAAAUGCUUCUUCUUCAGAAGACAAACUGGACUUGUCUUUUUCUGAGGAUGGAAAGACUGGCUCUUUUGUCAUAGGCGACGAGCACUUUCCUGCAUCACUUUUGAAUCUUCCUUGCAUAGUGGAGUCGUACAAAACUUAUGACGACAACGUGCUCAUUAAAUCCGCAGACAUUGGUCAAAUGAUUAUGGUGAGAGAAGAAGGUGAUCCUGCUCCAGAUGUGGUGGAAUAUAGACAUGGCCUCACACCUCCAAUGAGAGAUGCUCGAAGACGAAGAUUUCGGAGAGAACCAGAUCUUAAUCCUGAGCUUGUUCGGCGCGUUGAGAAAGACUUGCAGAACAUAAUGUCCGGUGGAACAGCUGAGAAUAUUGAUAUAGAAGUUGUUGAGCAAGAGGAAGGAGGUGAAGCAAGUGCACGCCAUGUGAAUAAGAAAGUGGCUCAACCUGCAACAAAGGCUGACAUUUCUGAGCCUGGGACGGCUGGUGAGGAUCCUGAUAGAACUGAGUCUGAGGAUUCUGAUGAUUCAAUAUAGCCGAGGACAUUUUCCAGCAAACUAAGAUUAUUUAGCUACAAAAGCUGUCGGUUGGCAAGUGGCUACCAAGUCUCUGUUGUUGGUUAUAGUCCACUUCAUGGUUAAUGGCCUUCGGAAUUUGAUAGAAAUUUUAGCUCUUGCAUUUCAAUACAGUAGUUUGCUUAUCGACUAUAGGCUUAACAUCGCUGUAAUAUAACAGCUUGUGCUGUCUACUUCAGACACGUGAGCGAGACAAUUGCAAUCUGUACAAUGACGGUCUGUCUCCAAUUUAAUGUAUUGAAUUUGCUUA